GUCCUAGCCGGUGGGAAUGGCCAUGAUAACCGCUACUUAGCAUGUGGUAUAAAAUAUUCAUACAGCCGCAUUCACUACUAACAGUUGUACUACGAGCCGCUGCCAAGAAUGAUUGGAACCCCAUGAAAUCUGCCUGAAGGUACAUCAGCUCAGUCCUGGAAUCAUCAGUACACCAAGCCCAAACCCCAAACAUGUCGAAUCAGAUUGCCUCACCAGUCGUCAACCCUUCAGGGAAAACCCGACUACGAGAGUCGCUAGAGCGUGCAAAGGAGCGUCGUGGGCCGAGUGUAGGGCAAUGGCUCGAAUUCCCAGGAUACACACUUGCAAGGACGAUUGCGGCGCUGGGAGAAGACUGGGUUCUCAUAGACUGCGAGCAUGGAAACAUCGACGACCAUAAUAUGUACCUCCAGGUUGGGGCAAUCUCCUCAAGUGGAGCGUCCCCGAUAGUCAGAGUGCCUGGAAGCGAGCCAUGGAUGAUAAAGCGAGUGCUAGAUGCAGGCGCUCACGCUAUCAUGGUGCCGAUGUGUGAGACUAAAGAGCAGGCGGAGGAUAUAGUACGAGCUACAAAAUACCCAUCGGAUAACUGGCCACAAGGAUUGCGAGGCGCCGGCGCAAUGUUUGCACCUGCAGCCUUUAACCAAACCGGACGGGACUACUUGUUGAGAGCAAACGACAACGUCAUGAUAUGCGUUCAGAUUGAAUCUCGGAAAGCUGUUGAAAACGUGGAAGAAAUUGCUAAAGUCGAAGGAAUUGACAUGCUCUUUAUUGGCCCCAACGACCUCGCUUCCUCCAUGGGAUAUUUUGCAUUUGACCAUGCUUCGAUACCAGAAGUCCAGCAGGCAACCGAAAGGAUACUUCAGGCUACACUCGAUGCAGGAAAAUACGCAGGCCAUUUUGCACUGAGUGCAGAGAUUGCUGCUCAGAGAUAUAAGCAAGGGUUUCAUUUCGUGAACUGUGGUGCUGAUAUUGUCGCUGUGACAGCCUGGAUGUCAACGGAGAUGGGGAAGCUGAAGGGUCUUAUUCAAAAGACGCCUGUCACUGAAUCAAACGGUAGCAAGACGAAUGGUAUCCAUGCAAGUGGUGUGAGGGAUGGCCUUGCAAAGCCAACGACAAAAUAGAGUGUGAUAGACCGAAAGUUGGUGGAAUUUCACAACACGCGCACUCGCAAU